AUGAAGACAUUUGGUAACUUCAUCUCAUUUGCUCCGUUUUCAUCACAUAAAUUCACAUAUCAUUGCUCCUCUUUUUUUUUUAAACACCGCCUGAACAAUUAUUCAAAGGUAAGAGCAAGCUUCAAACCUAGCUCCCUCACGAAUACUAUGCACCAAACUGGGCUACAACUACAAAUCACAUUGGAGAAACGAAUCCUGCGUAAAUGGAAAGUUUUACAAUAUUUGUUCUCCAGGGAUCUCAGUGAAAGAAAGAAGUGGCUAGAUAUAAAAAAUUUCCCACUGCACCCUGAAAAUGAGACGAUACAUAUGCACUUUUGGUUCUUGGUUGCACUUUUGGUUCUCGGUUGGUGCGACAUACCCGUUGUGGUGACAAAAGAAGCAAUGAAGAUCCUUAAUUAG